AACAGCCACCAAUCCUGGGACAGUAGCCAGUUCAGACAUUCCAAAUACAAGUGUGUCCCCUCGUUUAUCAGGCACGGUGAACUCUUUGGUCACCAGCUCUGGAGCAGAGGCAAGUACAACUUUUCCAACUCCGACUGAUUCCCCACACGAACGAGAGUCAAUAGCCACAGAGAUCACCCUUCCAGGGACAGAAGACAGCUCCAUUGUUCCUACGUUAACUGUGUCCACUGGUGCCACUGAUACAACAGCCUCAUGGGUCCAUUAUGAAGGCACCAGCACAUCUGUUUCCAGUACAAUGCUAAAUGCUUCCCAGAGUAAAUCAGACAGCACACCCUCAACAGCCACUCGUCCUGGGACAGAAGCCAGUUCAGACAUUCCAAAUACAAGUGUAUCCCAUGAUGUACCAGGUGUGGUGACCGCCCUGGUCACCAGCUCUGGAGCAGAGGCAAGUACAACUUUUCCAACUCCGACUGAUUCCCCACAGUUAUCAGAGACCACAGCAUCAUGGAUCACCCGUACUGGGUCAGAAGGUAGCUCCAUUGUUCCGAUGUUAACUGUCUCCCCUGCUGACACAGAUACAACAGCCUCAUGGGGCCAUUCUUCAGGGACCGGCACACUUGUAUCCAGAACAACUCCAAAUGCUUUCCAUAGUGAAUCAGACAGCACACCCUCAAAAGCCACCGGUCCUGGGGCAGAAGUCAGUUCAGACAUUCCAAAUACAAGUGUAUCCCCUAGUGUAUCAGGCACGGUGACCUCUCUGGUCACCAGCUCUGGAGCAGAGGCAAGUACAAGUCUUCCAACUCCGACUGAUUUCCCACAGGAACGAGAGUCAACACUCUGGAGCAGAGGCAAGUACAAGUCUUCCAACUCCGACUGA